AUGAAAAGGGUGUGUUCGUUAUUCUUCGUCGAUUCUUCGAAAGACAAACUUUAUUAUGAGUAUUGUGGAAAAGUUGUACGCGCACAUUCUGCUUACCUAUAUAGACUCCUUGUUGCCGUGAUUGCCUAUUUUAACGAAUCAACUAAUGAGGUUGACCGUUUUGCUGAUAGAAUUGUAUCUUUGAAUAAAUUGGUCGAAGAUUACAACGACCAAAUCACUCUUCUUCCUAAGUGUAGCGAAUCCAUUUCUGUGCUCAUGGAAGAUGUAUAUCCUGCCGGAGCGAACCCUGAGUAUGAAUCACAAUAUGAUAGCGCAUCUGUGUGUCUGAAUGAGUCUCGUCACAAGUUCAACGAGUUGUCGCAAUUCAUUCAGGCCUUGGCUUCCGAGUUGGGCGUGGAAGCCUCCGAACCGUCGGACCUUCCCGAUAUUCUCUCAAUCCCCUCCCUGAACAUCGAGAUCGACAUCCGCAACGUCGACGAGCUCCCCUUGCUCCGCGAGGAGAAUCGCAUGAAGUUCCUCACCUCUCUCCGCAACGUCUAUCGCCGUUCGCCGAGUGUUUCCAGCAUCCACACAGACCCCUCCCACAUCCACAUGCAUUUGAAAGAAGGCAACGACCUGGACGUCUCCUUCUCUCUCAACGACGAGUCCGCUCAUUCCAUCCAGUCCGCCACGCUCGAUCCCUCCUAUCCAUGCUUCCAGAAGGCGAUCGAAUAUGCCAUUUCUCGCAAUGACGUGGCGCUGCUCGUGUAUCAAGCGAUCUCGGGUCUGUAUGCGAGCCAACGUCUUCACGCCGAGAUAGAAAGUCUGCAGGAGAAGGCGAUCGUGACGAGCGAGGACGAUCAGACUAUGGAGAUUGUCUUCCCAGAGGAAGUUGAAGUGACGUGCUUGAUUCCGGCGCUGUAUCCGAAUACGUUUGGGCUGAUCGAAGUGAAGAAAAUUGAAGGAGCGAAGCGCGAAGUCGUGGAGAAGGCGUUGAAGGGGAGGGCGUUUGGAAAUCUGAGCGAAUUCGUGCAGUUUGUGGAGGAGACGCUGCGUUCGUAGUAGUGAGUUUUGGAAACAGAGGAGAGAAAAU